GAUGAACACUGGCGCUGGCAGGACCACGGCGCCCAUUUCCGGUCCCUUAUCGUGGCACUCGUGCUCGUGUGCUCGUGUGUGAAACGUGCCUCACAGUGAGGAGUGAGACGAAGCGAGAAGGGGGGGGGAAGAGGGUGAGGAGUGAAAACCAAGCAAGCAAACAAAGGCUGACCCAGGGGCUCUGACAACGUCAAAACACGGCGACGCGUCACCGCGCCAAACAAGAGCCUGCUGUUCGAGCAAAACGCAACAAUCCGCGGCACUGAAGAUGUGCGACCGACGAGGAGGGUGGUAGUGCGUGCAUGACGACGUGUGCCGUGUGUGUGUGUGUGACUGUGUAUUACAUAAAAAACGUAGUAGGCAGUGGCAAUGUGCUCCCACGUUCGGGCCUUCGUUGGGGCGGCGCAAGGCCUACCAGUGCCGUGCCCAGGAGCGUAUGCGUGAGUGGCCGUCGCCGUUUUCUUUCUUGUACUGGAUUUUCACCAGUGAAAAGUGGUUGAAGUCAGUCGGCCCCCUUAAAGAGGUGUCCGCGUGAAAACGGAGCCUUCCUUGCGUCGCCAAACACUGAACGAGUGACAAUGGUGUCCAGUUGUGCGGUGACCGUGUUUUUUCACCCCUCUAUGAUGUUCCAUCUUCCUUCCUAAACACAACACAGUGGCAAGGCAGAAGAAAAGUGAAGGGGUAGAAGCGCCCAAAAGCAUCCCUUAAAGCGCUUUUGCGGAAAGAAAUCGACCAGCCCGCGGCGCCCCAGCAGUGAGCGUGUGUGCGAGAGAGAGAAAGAGCGUAGUGCGCGCGUAUGUUGCAUGAGAGCUGUGGGGAGAGCAGAAAUCCUUGUUUCUCCCCUCCACUGUAAAGCCCCAAGCUUCACUUGCCAGGUGCUGCUCGCGAUUCCCCCUGCUUCCCCGUGGAAACAUCUUCCUUCGCGGCGGACAUCAUCGCUGGCGCUGGCAGCCGUUUCGGUUUCUGUGGCUGUGGAGGUCGCACAAAAGUCGUCCCCGUGUCGGACGUGUUGAAUUGAGCGUCUCGCUCGUGUGUGUGUGUGUGUGUGUGUUUCCGCUUUUCGUGACCAGAGUGUGUGGGUGUGUGAGAGUGAUUUUGUUGUUGUUGUUGUUGUUCCGGAAGGGGCCCUUUUUCUUGCCCGUCCUUCGGGCAACUCUUUAAAGUGAAACCAACUUGACGCGCAGCACAACCAAUACCAUUGCCAAGGAAAGGUAUGCCGUUGACCGUGAACCCACACACGUUAGGUUAGGUUGGUGGUGGUGGUGAGCAGUUGUUGGUGAAACGGUGACAAUUCGCUGGUGAAAGGCAGCCUGUCAUCGGAACAGGUCAAUCAAGCGCGGCAAGAAAGAGGGCUGCCGAGUAAUACGAUGGUGAGAUUAGCUCGCACAGCAAAGAGUUUUCGCGGAGCUUAGCGUUGGAAAAAUCUGUUACUAAUUCUGUUUCUGCUUAAACAAUCUCGUGAGAAGUGUAUCUUCUUACCCUUUUUUAAUGGUGUAAAAUACAUCAUCAAAAUAGUGUACACUUAGCGGUUUAAGCACAAAUCAACGAAACAUAUCAUGUUGCCGUCAAGCGAGCACCUUUCCAGCAUUAUUUUGUGCACCGUGCGAAAGGAAUCGUCCGUUAGAAUAAGGUCAAGAAAGCCAAAAUGAGCAUCAAAUAGCAUCAACCCGACUGGCGAUGGAAUUAAAGCCCCCUAACAAACAUUGCAAGGGCUUAUAAAAGAACAAACCGAAGGUAGCCUAACCUUCAACGAUACAUAUCAUGUAAAAGUCUGAGAAUGAAGUGAAGGGAAGUGUGCGCAUCAUCCGCAACAAAUGCAUAUCAGCAAAUUGCCUCGUGGUAACCACAGUAAACUGUACACUAUAGCGUCGGUAGUGAGCAAAUCCGUUUUUUGAUAAGUAAAUAGUGUACACCCCCUAAACCACAAGAAAGCUUUACAAAAUAUUAGUGUAAGUGAGCGGUUAUAUGAAAGCAUGAAAGUAAAGUUCGUAGUAAAUCAAAGAUCUCAUACAUAUCAAAAUCAAAGUGAGCGUGAAGCGUCCAAGUGAAAAAAAAAAAACGAUAACCAGUUAAGCGUUUCUACUCGUUAAACCCCUGUGCGUAUGCAAUUUGCACAGCAAAAGGUGUUACUGUGCCAUCCGGUUUAGUGGCGAUACGUGCUUGACAAACCGGACGACACGCGCGGUGAAGCCCCGACAACAAACGGCUGAACUACAGCAAACCCGGGGAACAAUUUUGGAGCCCUUCCUGCCAGCCAACACACCCACCAACCCCAGCAAACCAAACGAACACCUCCUCCUCCCACCCCCCGGGCCAUCCGGGUAGCGGUAACGCGCGAUGCCGCUGCACCUCAUGCAUCACGACGGCAGCAGAUGGCACUGUCGGAAACGGAAAUAAUAGAAGAUCGAUUUUGCUGUCACCGGGCGGCACCGUCGGGUCGGUGCCGUCGCCGUUCGCACCAUCGCCCGCACCGAUGCCCACGAAACGACGCGGCGACCAAUUGAGGGAUUGUUCCGUCACCUUACCAUUGGAUAUUCUAUGGUUACCCAAAGCGGCUAUGAGGCCCUUCGGGCCAGAUUCUUCACACUCCGACUGCGUCCUCGUGGUAGGCGUAUCGAGGCCUAAGCUGGCAGCGCUCUUUCUCUCGGUGAUGCUGCUGUCGCUCUUUCUCACGUUUCACAUCCUGUACGACAGUGCGGUGUACAGCAUACAGGCGGCAACUGCAAUUUCGGAGAACAAAAUUUCCAUCCUAACAAAUCACAUACCCAAUCCACCGGUGAUCAAUCAACCCGUCGUGUUUCCGAACCGAAUACACUUUCCCAAAACUAGCCGUAGGUUACCACAAUGUUUAAUAAUCGGAGUGAGAAAGUGUGGCACACGCGCCCUGCUCGAGAUGCUGUACUUGCAUCCAAGGAUACAGAAGGCCGCCGGCGAGGUGCAUUUUUUCGAUCGCGACGAAAACUACCUGAGGGGGCUCGAGUGGUACCGGAAGAAGAUGCCACACUCCUUCCGUGGCCAGAUAACGAUCGAGAAGAGCCCCAGCUAUUUCGUGACACCCGAGGUUCCAGAGCGGGUCCGAGCGAUGAAUGCGUCCAUCAAGCUGCUGCUAAUUGUAAGGGAACCCGUAACGAGAGCAAUAUCCGAUUACACACAGCUUCGAAGUCACGCAGCAACGGCAACACUACCCCAGCAGCAGAGCCUCUCGUCAACUUCGCCUCUGUCGAGGUCGUUUGAGGAGCUGGCCCUUCUGCCGAACGGUACGGUCAACGAGGCGUACCGACCGCUAGCCAUCUCGCAGUAUCACGUGCACGUGCACCGGUGGCUGGAGGUGUUCCCCCGCGAGCAAUUACUGGUCGUCAACGGUGACCAGCUUAUCGACGAUCCGGUUUCGCAGCUGCGCCGAAUAGAGGAUUUUUUAGGCAUCGAGCCACGGAUCGGUAGCAAUAACUUUUACUUCAACGAAACGAAAGGCUUCUACUGCCUGCGGAACGAGACGGGCGACAAGUGUCUGCGGGAGACGAAGGGCCGGAAGCACCCGCGCGUCGAUCCGGUUGUGAUAUCGAAGUUGCGUAAGUUCUUCGUGGAACACAAUCAAAAAUUCUACGAGCUCGUCGGCGAGGAUCUCGGCUGGCCGGAAGAGUAGGCCGGCGGUGGUGCCGAGUGUGUGUGUGUGUGUGGGUGGGUGUGCUUGCCGAGAGGAUGCACAUCCGCUGCAACAGAGGGAAAGCAGAACAAAAAAAAAACCAAUCGGACAAGUGGCUGAGUAUACAACAAACAACAAACACGCAUACACAACUAAACAUGUGAGACUGAAUCGGUGCGGAAGCGGAACACCGGCGGCGGCAGGUAAGCGAAGGAUGGGCUGGAGCCGGAUCGAGGGGGAAAGUUGCGGCCAAUUUACUUCGAUUUCAACCCAUCGCCCUCCCGUCCAUCCAUCAACCGGGUGGUGCAACGGGAAUGCAGCUGCAGCUGUUUGCGGGGGGGGGGAGAGUGUUAUUUGUGUUACUUUCCUGCCGUUCGAUAGGUUCGAUCUGCGGCCAAAGUUUGCAACAGUGCAAUGGUUCGCUGAGAUGAGGGGAGGAAACAGGCUCGCAAGCAAAGUCAGAACAAGUUGUUUUGUUGCGUUAGUGUACGCGUGGCUUUUGUUCGCUGCUCAAAACAUUCUGCAAACACACAUUAGAUAGGAAUUAAUUAAAACAUUUGCCUCCAUUGUUGCUGGCAGCAAAACGUGUGCAGGGUGGAGCUAAACUGCCGUCGAUGAGAAGGGAAGGAAGAUGUGUUUUUGGUUUUAAUGAACUCUACAUUUCAAAUACUUUUCGUUCAAUUUAAACAUUGUUCAACCGACUCUUUCACGGAAUUAAAUGCCUCUCCAACUUUUUUGACCCAGCAA